AUCGAUUAAAUUAUGAGGAGUUGUCUACCUUUCAUUAAAAAAAACACGGAACAAACAACGAGGUUCUCAUUGCUGGCAUAUCAUCUGACAAGGCCUUGAGACCAGAAACAAUGAACAGACUGAGGAUCAGUAAGGGAGGAAGGGAGUUUCUUAUGCCUCUCACUUCCAACACCAGCUCAAACCAGACGCUGUCUGUUCUCAAUUCAACAACUUGCACCGAUGGCACAUCGGAAAUAUCUAGCAAUGUGACGGUGGACAGUUCAUCCCAAGAUGGCGGAGAUCUGAACCGAUCAGUCGAUUCUACAAUUGCUACGGACAUAAACCUGGGAACUCUAGAUGACAUGUCUGCGGUUAACCUUACAGGGGUGAAGUCAGGAAAUUUAGCUAGUGGAGAACCAGGCAAUCUUGCCGAAACAGAAUCUGAAAAACUGAAUUUUGAAGAUGCCCAUGGUUACAUUGUAGCAACUACGGGUGGUUUAAACAUCGUUAGUUCAGGGGAUGCUGGGAAUGAUAAGCAGGAGGCUCCAAGUGAUUUGACAGAAGUUGUCACUCUUGAUUCAACAAGUAGUUUGAAUCAUGGGGACACAGAACAGAGUUUACAUCAGAAUCAAGUGGAUGGAGUGCUCUCGAAUUCCUCAACAAUACUGUUGCCAGAAAAUCUAGUCCUAUUCGAAACAUCUAAAGGGUUAGUGUUUUCCAUGCCAAGCCAGGAGAGUUCCAGUUUCAGCAGUAGUUUUGUGACGUCUGGUGUGGACUCUCAGACACUCAUUACUUCUUCAAUGGGAGGGACCAUCUUCCCACAAAUUCAGCUGGUUGGUUCUGGUGACGAUUCGGGGUCAAGUGUUUACGAGACCGUAUCUGACACAGGCACAAUACUCAUUCCUUCCACGAUUUUCCCAGACACUGACCCCACGCAGACCCUUGUGGUCGGGCCGCUUGAAAACGAUGACAAGCCAAAGAGAAAAGGUACAGGAGGAUGGCCUAAAGGCAAGAAGCGAAAGAAUGAGCCCACAGUCAACAUGCCUCGUAAACCUAUGACUGGGUAUGUGAUAUUUGCAGUGAAGCGUAGACAAGAGAUGAAGACCGAGCGUCCCGACCUGACCUUCCCAGAAAUCACCAAACACAUGGGCCAGGAGUGGUCGAACUUCACAGAGGAGGAAAAAGAUAAAUACAUGAGGCUUGCAGAAGAAGAUAAACAGCGCUACAUCACGGAGAUGAAAGAAUUCCAGGAGUCGGACCAGUACCAACAGUUUGUACGAAACAAGCGACAGGCUGGAGGCAUGCUCAAUGGCCUUUCACAGAAUGACAAACCACUCAUUGACAUUGAUGAUAAUAUAGGUGAGGAGCUCUACUGUAGAUUAUGUAACCAGUUCUUCAUCUCUGCCCACAACAAGCGGGAACACAUGUUUGGAAGGCAGCAUCUUCAGAAUAUCACCAAUGAAAUCCGCAAAGACAUACAGGAACAAGAAGACACUCAGAAACAGCAGUUGUUGAUGGCAGCAGAUGACCUUGACCCUUAUACCCUACCAGAACAAACAGUCGUUACCUUGGAAACAGAUGAUCUUCAUAGUGACAAUUCGGCUUCCCUUGAUAUUGAUGACUUUAUACAUAAAUUCUGGGAGAAAAAUGCAUAUCGAGAAAAAGAGGUGCACACCUUGAAAAAAGCUAACAGAAGUUUUGCAGAUGAUAAUUUGUUAAUGACAAAGCAGAUUAAGGAGUUAGAGGAGUUGGAGACAAAGCUGACCCAUGACCUUGGAAGCCUUAAAGCCUAUGGAUCUUCCCUCUCCGCUCAAGUGGACUCCCUGAAAAUGGUCCCGACGCUGUUUGGCGUCAUAAACUUCUAGAACAGUACUGUAAACAAGCAUUACCUGAACUAAAUUAUCAAUGAAAAUGUUAUAUUUAUUUUGUUUUGGUUCAUAAACAUAUAGUACUGGGGCGUUAUUCAUAUUCAUAAAACUUGUUAAGUCAUUUCCUAACUUAAGUCCCUUUCCUUAUUUUAGUAUCUUCUUAAUCAUAUUAAAUCUUAACUUAAGAAUAUUUUAAAAAAUACAUCAUUUUUAUUGACCUUAUUGAGAAAAAACAACGUACUGUAAUAUUAAAAACACUAAAACAUUUCUUUUAAUUUGCAUAUGAAAAUGUUAAGAAAUCAACUUUAUUUUGGAAUUGAUUUAAGAUGUUUUAUGAAUAUGGCCCCAGUAGCAUACCUUUUUAAGGGUCAUACAUUUCUAGGUUUGAAAUUAGUCCUAUUUAUGUUUAUGCAAGUAUCCUUCUUUAGGGUCCCAUCACUCCCCUGCGUCAUUCACCCUCUAGUCGCAAACAAUAUAUAAGUGAAAGCAUU